CCCGCCCGCCCAGCGCCCUGCAGGCAACCCCCUGCCGCCGCGCCAUGUCCACCGGCUGGUUCCGGCGUCGCUUCCUGCCGGGAGGUCCGCUGCCCGGGCCGCGGCCACCGAGGCCGCGUACCAGCCCCCUGCCCUACCGGCGGCCCCGCUUCCUGCGCGGCUCGGGCUCCUGCUCCAGCACAGCCGACACCCCGCGCCGCCCGGAGGCCCGGCCAGUGCGCUGCCCAGCGCGGGGCCGCGCGCUGCCCUGGAAUGCAGGCUACGCAGAGAUCAUCAAUGCAGAGAAAUCUGAGUUCAAUGAGGAUCAAGCUGCCUGUGGGAAGCUAUGCAUCCGGAGAUUUGAGUUUGGGGUUGAAGAGGACCAGGAGUGGCUGAACUUGUGCCCAGAGGAGUUCCUGACAGGUCAUUAUUGGGCACUGUUUGAUGGGCACGGUGGUCCAGCUGCAGCCAUCCUGGCUGCCAACACCCUGCACUCCUGCCUGCGCCAGCAACUGGAAGCCAUAGUAGAAGGCAUGGUGGCCACUCAGCCCCCCAUGCACCUCAGUGGUCACUGUGUCUGCCCCAGUGACCCCCAAUUUGUGGAGGAAAAGGGCAUUAGGACGGAAGACUUGGUGAUUGGUGCUCUGGAGAGUGCCUUCCAGGAAUGUGAUGAGGUGAUCGGGCGGGAGCUGGAGGCCUCAGGCCAAGUGGGCGGCUGCACAGCCCUGGUGGCUGUGUCCCUGCAGGGAAAGCUGUAUGUGGCCAAUGCCGGAGAUAGCAGGGCCAUCUUGGUGCGGAGAGAUGAGGUGCGGCCCCUGAGCUCUGAGUUCACCCCAGAGACUGAGCGGCAGCGGAUCCAGCAGCUGGCCUUUGUCUAUCCCGAGCUUCUGGCUGGUGAGUUCACCCGACUGGAGUUCCCUCGGCGACUGAAGGGGGAUGACUUGGGGCAGAAGGUUUUGUUCAGGGAUCACCACAUGAGCGGCUGGAGCUACAAGCGUGUGGAGAAGUCGGAUCUCAAGUACCCACUGAUCCAGGGACAGGGUAGGCAGGCUCGGUUAUUGGGAACACUGGCCGUCUCCCGGGGCCUGGGAGACCAUCAGCUCAGAGUCCUGGACACAAACAUUCAGCUCAAGCCCUUCUUGCUCUCUGUCCCAGAGGUGACAGUGCUGGAUGUGGACCAGCUGGAGCUGCAAGAGGAUGAUGUGAUUGUCAUGGCAACUGAUGGUCUCUGGGACGUCCUGUCCAAUGAGCAGGUGGCACAGCUGGUACGGAGCUUCCUCCCUGGUAAUCGAGAGGACCCACACAGGUUCUCGGAGCUGGCCCAAAUGCUGAUACACAGCACACAGGGGAAGGACGACGGUCCCACAGGGGAAGGACAGGUAUCCUACGAUGACAUCUCUGUGUUCGUGAUUCCCUUGUACAGCCAGCGCCAAGGGAGCAGUAACCACUGAGGACUCAGAUACCACAUCCCAGAACCACUCAGGGCCAAGUGCAGUCUGGGCAUCCCUCCACCGUAGUCAACAGCAGGCCUGCCUGCCCUGGCCCCAGACACAGCCCAGGGUUCAUACCACCCCACCCUACCCCAACCCAUUUCAAGGGGCGCAUUGAUAGCAGGCAAUCAGAAGUUCAGAGCGUGGGGAACCCUGCUCCCCAGGUCCCCCGUGGCAGGCAGGGAAAGAGUGCUAAGUCAUUAACAUUCCUCUGGCCGAGGCACUGUACCUAGGACACCCACGUGAGGAUCCUUGACAGCCCCAAUAUAUUAUUCCCAGACAGGGGCGGCUGGACUAAGUGAAUUGGCCAAGGGUGCCGGGAGGGGCAGAUAGCCUGUGUUUGGACCCAAGUCUCCCAUCCUUGUCAGGGUAUCUACUCAA